AUGGCAAGAAGGCUCAGUGUGCUGGAAAUCCUUCUGAUCACCUUCACUGUUGUCGUAGGCAUUGCAGAUAUCUUGUUAGGGCUUUUUCUAUUGAAUAUCUCUUCAGAUUCGUUUGUUCCAGAAUGUCCUGAUAUAUCCGGAUCUGAAAGGAUAGACUGUGCACCAGGACAGGAGGUGACAGAGGAUACCUGCAGAUCGAAACUGAAGUGCUGCUGGAAACCUGAGGCAGCUGUAGAUGUUCCUGUGUGCUUCUUCCCCAGGAACUGGGGCUACGAAGUCAGUGGUGGCAUUACAAACACAAGCACAGGUUUUACUGCUCAGUUGAAAAGGGUGGCAUCCCCAUCUCUGUUUGGAAAUGAUGUCCUUAACGCCCUCCUCACAGCUGAAAAUCAGACAUCAAAUCGUUUUCGUUUUAAGAUUACUGAUCCCAGUAACCUACGCUACGAAGUCCCCCAUGAAAACAUUAAGACGCUUAAUGAGACUGCUGACCCUUCCAGUCUGAGCUAUCAUGUAGAGAUCACAAACAAACCCUUCAGUCUCAAAGUAAUAAGGACAAGCAACAGAAGAGUCUUGUUGGACACGAGCAUUGGGCCCCUCCAGUUUGCCCACCAGUACCUACAGCUGUCAUUCCGACUGCCCAGCAACAAUGUGUAUGGACUAGGGGAACAUGUACACCAGCAGUACCGCCACAACAUGACCUGGAAGACCUGGCCCAUCUUCACUCGGGACACUGACCCAGUAGCGGGCAUGAUUAACUUGUAUGGAGCUCACACGUUCUUCUUGUGCCUAGAGGACACCAGUGGCUUCUCUUUUGGAGUGUUUUUGAUGAACAGCAAUGCCAUGGAGGUCACCCUUCAGCCUGCUCCUGCCAUCACUUACCGCACAAUUGGGGGCAUUCUUGACUUCUAUGUGUUCCUUGGAAACACUCCGGAACAAGUGGUCCAGGAGUACUUAGAGCUGGUUGGUCGGCCAUUCUUGCCUUCCUACUGGAGCCUCGGGUUCCAGCUGAGUCGGAGGGAUUAUGGUGGCAUCCAGGGGUUGAGAGAGGUGGUAGAACGGACUCGUCAAGCUGAGAUUCCGUAUGAUGUCCAGUACUCCGAUAUAGACUACAUGGAUGGAAACAAAGAUUUCACCAUUAAUGAAACCGCUUAUCCUGGUCUCUCCGAUUUUGCCAAGGAGUUACAUGACAAUGGACAGAAAUAUGUGAUUAUUAUGAACCCUGGCAUCUUCAGAAGCCCUAACUACACAGCUUAUAACAAUGGAAGCCUUCAGAGAGUGUGGAUACUGGACCGUCAUGGCUUUGCGGUUGGGGAGGGAUACCCUGGACAAACAGUCUUUCCCGACUAUAGCAACCCGGUGGGCACUCAGUGGUGGACAGAGCAGUUGACUGAAUUUUAUAAAUACCUGGAGUUUGAUGGAGUGUGGAUUGAAAUGGAUGAAGUAUCUAGCUUUCUCCAAGGUCCCCAUCUUGAGUGUGAAUCAAACACCUUGAACGAACCACCUUUUGUGCCUAGAGUUCUCAAUCGUACGCUUUCUGAAAGGACGCUUUGCAUGGACACAGAGUUCUACUCAGGUCUUCACUACGAUGUCCACAGCUUGUAUGGCUACUCCAUGGCAAGAGCCACAGACUCGGCCAUGGGAGAUAUCUUUCAAAAUAAUAGGAACUUCAUAUUAUCCCGUUCUACUUUUGCUGGAUCUGGAAAAUUUGCUGCUCAUUGGCUUGGGGAUAAUGCAGCUACCUGGAAUGACCUCCGUUGGUCUAUUACAAGUAUUCUCGAGUUCAACCUAUUUGGUAUUCCCAUGGUCGGUGCCAACAUCUGUGGCUACAAGCAAAAUGUCUCAGAAGAGCUGUGCAGAAGAUGGAUGCAACUGGGAGCAUUUUAUCCACUUUCCAGGAACCAUAAUGGCCCUGAGUUCAGGGACCAGGACCCUGCUGCCUUUGGUGAUGAUUCCAUGCUGUUGAAUUCCACGAGACAUUAUUUGAACAUCCGCUACACCCUGUUACCCUACCUCUAUACUCUCUUCUACCGUGCUCACACCCAGGGCGAGACGGUGGCAAGGCCUCUGGUACACGAGUUCUACCAAGAUCCAGUCACAUGGGAUAUUCAUGAGCAGUUUUUAUGGGGGCCUGGCCUCCUCAUCACUCCUGUUUUAUAUGAAGGCGUGGACCAAGUGAAAGCAUACAUACCAGAUGCCAUCUGGUACGACUAUGAGACAGGAGUAGCCAUGCAAUGGAGGAAACAAUUUGUGGAUAUGGCAUUCCCAGGUGAUAGCAUGGGGCUCCAUCUUCGAGGAGGCUACAUAUUUCCCACCCAGCAGCCAAGCAUUACUACAGAGUCCAGCCGGAAGAAUCCACUGGGACUCAUUAUUGCCUUGGACCACAAGCGAGAAGCCAAAGGGGAGCUAUAUUGGGAUGAUGGCGUAUCUAAAGAUGCUGUAACUGCAAGGAAAUACAUUCUGUAUGAGUUCUCUGUUACUGAUAACCAACUACAGGCAAAGAUUAUAAAUAAGAAUUACGUGGUCCCUGACAAACUCAUGUUUACAGAUAUCAAAAUCUUGGGAAUGGACAAGGAACCAGCUAAUUUUACUGUCUCAUUUAAUAACAUCCCCACUUCUAUUUCAAGUGUCAUCUACAAUUCUUCAACAAAGGUCGUGAGCAUCUCUAAUCUCCAGGGCCUAGAAUUGGGACUAGAAUUUUCCCUGAAGUGGGAUCUUCCAGUCAGUGACCUAGAAAAGUUCAACUGCUACCCUGAGAAUUCUACUGUCUCUGAAGAGAAUUGCAGGUUGCGAGGGUGUCUUUGGGAGGCUACAACCACUCCCGGCGUGCCCACCUGCUACUAUGACACCAUCCCUAACUAUGCUGCCAGUAGUAUUCAGUACCUGGCCACAGGUAUCACCAUGGACCUCAGCCUCCUGGAGGCUCCACAACCAGCACAGGCAAUGAAAUCGUCCCUAUCAGAGCCACUGGGAGCUGGGCAACCCCAGUCAGCAGCAACAACCACCGCAGAUCCCAUUCUUUCUGCCAAAAUCAACUCCCUCAGGGUGACUGUGGUCUACCACACAGAAUACAUGCUGCAGGUCAAGAUCUAUGAUCCCACUAAUCAAAGAUAUGAGGUACCAGUAUCUCUAAAUACUCCACCAUUUCCAGUUGGCUUGCCUGAAAACCGCCUGUAUAAUGUUUCAGUUCAAACCAAUCCUUUUGGAAUUCAAAUUCAACGCAGAAGAUCUGGCUCUGUAAUUUGGGAUUCUCAGCUCCCUGGCUUCACCUUCACCGACAUGUUCAUCUCCAUUUCUACACGCCUCCCCUCUCAGUACAUCUAUGGCUUUGGAGAAAACGAACACACGACUUUCAGAAGAAACAUGAGCUGGCAUACAUGGGGAAUGUUCGCUCGUGAUGAGCCACUGGCGUACAUGAAGAAUUCCUAUGGUGUCCACCCCUACUACAUGGCCCUGGAGGAGGAUGGCAGUGCCCAUGGAGUGCUCCUGCUGAACAGCAAUGCCAUGGAUAUAACACUCCAGCCCACUCCAGCUCUGACAUACCGCACCACUGGAGGGAUUUUGGAUUUUUACAUAGUUUUAGGGCCAACUCCUGAACUUGUGACUCAGCAAUAUACUGAGUUAAUUGGCCGGCCAGCAAUGACUCCAUACUGGGCCUUGGGAUUCCAGCUGAGUCGCUAUGGAUACCAGAAUGAUACUGAGAUUGCCAAUUUGUAUGAUGCGAUGGUGGCAGUCCAGAUUCCUUAUGACGUCCAACAUGUAGACAUGGAUUAUAUGGAGCGCAAUCUAGACUUCACUCUCAGCUCCAACUUUCAAAGCCUCCGUCUCCUGAUGGAACGGAUGAAGAGAAAUGGCAUGAGAUUUGUACUGACUCUGGGCCCAGCCAUUUCUGGUAAUGAGACACAAUACCUCACGUUCACUAGAGGACAAGAAAGCAACGUGUUUAUCAAAUGGCCUGAUACCAGUGACAUUGUCUGGGGAAAGGGUUGGCCGAAACUAUCUAAUGUAAGUGUGAAUGGAUCCCUUAAUAAUGAGCCUCAGGUUAGGCUCUCCGGGGCCCAUGUUGCGUUUCCUGACUUCCUGCGUAAUAGUACAGCUACAUGGUGGAAGAGAGAGAUAAAGGAGCUCUAUGCCAACCCCCGAGAGCCAGAGAAGAGCUUGGCAUUUGAUGGCUUGAGGAUCGACAUGAAUGAACCAUCAAAUUUCGUGGAUGGAUCUGUCAGUGGCUGUCGUGAUGAAAUUCUUAAUAAUCCACCUUAUAUGCCAUAUUUGGAAGCCAGGGACAAAGGCUUGAGCAGCAAGACCCUGUGCAUGGAGAGUGAGCAGAUCCUGCCAGAUGGCUCCCCGGUGCGACACUACGACGUGCACAACCUGUAUGGGUGGUCCCAGACCAAGCCCACCUACGAAGCUGUGCAGGAGGUGACAGGACAGCGAGGGAUCGUCAUCACACGCUCCACAUUCCCCUCUUCUGGCCGCUGGGGUGGACACUGGCUGGGAGACAACACAGCCGCGUGGGACCAGCUGGGGAAGUCGAUCAUUGGGAUGAUGGAAUUCAGUCUCUUUGGAAUACCUUAUACAGGAGCAGAUAUCUGCGGAUUCCUCGGAGAGGCAGAGUAUGAGAUGUGCAUUCGCUGGAUGCAACUGGGAGCCUUUUAUCCAUUUUCCAGGAAUCACAACACUAUUGGAACAAGGAGACAAGAUCCCGUGGCAUGGGAUUCAAGCUUUGAGAUGCUCUCACGCGAAGUCCUGCAGAUCAGAUACACCUUGCUGCCUUAUCUCUACACUCUGAUGCACAAAGCUCAUGUGGAAGGCAGCACAGUCAUCCGACCUCUUCUCCAUGAGUUUACAGAUGAUGUGACAACAUGGGAUAUAGACCAACAGUUCAUGUGGGGACCUGCCCUCCUCAUCAGCCCGGUGCUGCAAAGUAACACUUUUGAGAUCCGAGCUUAUUUCCCCCAAGCCUAUUGGUAUGACUACAGCACGGGGUCUGGUGACAACUCAACAGGAGAGUGGAGAAUCCUGAACGCUUCUCUUGACCAUAUCAACCUUCAUGUCAGAGGAGGCUACAUCCUGCCUUGCCAAAAGCCAGCCAUUAACACUCAAUACAGUCGACAAAAUUUUAUGGAAUUGAUUGUGGCAUUGGAUGACAAUGGGGAAGCUGAAGGCGAGAUGUUCUGGGACGAUGGACAAAGCAUUGAUACCUAUGAAAAUGGAGACUAUUUCUUGGCAAAUUUUACAGCAUCUCAGAACACCUUGCAAAUCAAGACCAUAUACAAUAGAUUUUUGAGUGACUCAAAUCCACUUUAUGUUGGGAGUAUUACAAUCUGGGGUGUGAUCUCGACUUCGGUGAAUCAAGUCAGUUUCACCUAUAACAACCAACAAUUCAUGCAGACAAAUUUUACAAGUAAUCCUUAUGAACAGGUGCUCAGAAUUGAAUGGACUGUCAGGAAUAUCAGCCUGGAAAAAUUAACUGAGGUUAUUUGGGUUUAUGGUGAUCCUAUCCUCCCCGAUACAACAACUUCCUUCUCAACAAGUGCAUAUCCACCUCCAACAGCUACGGAGACUACUAGUUUUGAGACUAUCACUAGUUUUACUACUGUAAAUACUACCACCACUGCUGGUGGUACCACUACCACCACCACUGAUCCCAUACUAACCACCUCUUUCCUGGGAAGUACACCACAUGCUACAACUAAUGCUAGUGACUCUAAUGUGACUACUCCUUUCCCUACCAACACUCCCAGUGAUGCACUGAUUACCACUGAUCCCAUACUAACCACCUCUUUCCUGGGAAGUACACCACAUGCUACAACUAAUGCUAGUGACUCUAAUGUGACUACUCCUUUCCCUACCAACACUCCCAGUGAUGCACUGAUUACCACUGAUCCCAUACUAACCACCUCUUUCCUGGGAAGUACACCACAUGCUACAACUAAUGCUAGUGUCUCUAAUGUGACUACUCCUUUCCCUACAAGCACUGCUGGUGAUGCACUGAUUACCACUGAUCCCAUACUAACCACCUCUUUCCUGGGAAGUACACCACAUGCUACAACUAAUGCUAGUGUCUCUAAUGUGUCUACUCCUUUCCCUACAAGCACUGCUGGUGAUGCACUGAUUACCACUGAUCCCAUACUAACCACCUCUUUCCUGGGAAGUACACCACAUGCUACAACUAAUGCUAGUGUCUCUAAUGUGACUACUCCUUUCCCUACAAGCACUGCUGGUGAUGCACUGAUUACCACUGAUCCCAUACUAACCACCCCUUUCCAGGGAAGUACACCACAUGCUACAACUAAUGCUAGUGUCCCUAAUGUGACUACUGCUUUUCCUACUGCUGAGAAUAGCACUACCACCGUUAAUCCCAUAUUAACCACCUCUUUACCAUUAGAUACUGUUUCUAAUACCAGUGUUCAUGAUACAACCACCCUUUACCCACUCCUUACUACAACUGUUCCUACACUUGUCACUCCUCUGAGCACAAUUACUGCUGGUCCAACAACUAUUACAAGAGAUCCUAUUACAGAUACUGCUUCAUUUACAAAUAGUGUUACAGCCAGCACCAGUACAGCUCUUGCUUUCACUACCACUCACCUUUCCACAAAUACUGUUGAUACAAACAGCACUUCUUCUUCUCAUACAUUUGUUCCUUCUGCCUCCAGUAUUACUACUGUGGACACUAGUACAACUACUCAUGUCCCUCCCACAUCAUCUCUUCCCAAUACCUCUGAGUCUAGCACUAAUAGUGUUGCCUCAGAUACAACCACAUCAUUACCUUCAAAUAUAAGUACCACUAGCUCAAGUGAUUCUGUUCCCAUUACAACUACACCUUUCUUGAUAAAUAUGACUACAACUAGCAACAUUACUACUGUACUUGGUACCUCUAGUCUAUCCCCAACAAGUCCCGCUAAUUUUAGCACUAGUACUAUUGCUCCUAAUUCCAAUACUACUAGCAAUAGCUCUAGUACGGUAAUUCCUGAUGUAACGGUUUCUUCCCUUACAAGUUCUGUUAGUGUUACCAAUCUUACUACUGUUUCUGUGGUAAUCAGCUCAUCACCAACACCUGUUACUGAUGGUGGCACUAGUCCUAUAUUUCCCAAUGUUACUACUCCUUCUUCUGUGAAUUCUACUGGUAACUACACUGGUACUAUUAUAUCUGAUGUGACUUCUUCUGUUACAGGUAAUUCCAGUACUGGUACUAGGACUACCACAGCCUUUUCCUUCCCAGCAAGUACUGAUACUGUCCCUGGUACCUCUACUUCUUCUGCCUCAAAUAUUUCAACUACUUCACCUCCUAUUUCCUCUCCCUCUACUCCUGCUGAUGCUAAACCUGAGUCUACAGACAGCCCACCAUUCACUACACCACACUCUACUGCUCCUAUAACACCGUUCUUAACUCACACCACAUCAGUAAACACAAACUUUCCUAAUUUAAGCACUACAAAUACUACCAAUGCAACCACUCCAGCCUCUACUGUAGAUUCAGUUACAAUAAAUAUUAUCAAUAUUACAACCCCAAGAAGUACAAAUACAACUACAGGAUUGAGUACAGAUACUACGAUUACGAAUGAUAUUUCUGUAGAAACCACCACACAACUCAAUUUAGUUCCAUCUCCUAUAGGCACUCCUGAGGACACAACCACAGCUAACGCAUCUUCAACCACACUUCUUCCAAACAUUACAACUGCUUAUCCUCCAGACAUCCCUAUCGAUUCUUUAAAUACCACCCUUACAGGCACUUGA